UAUACAUUCUGCAUCUAUGGAUUAAAGGAAACUUCAACGGAACGGUUUUCAUUCAAAUAUCAAUUUGCUCGGAUAGUUGUUUUUUGGCGCCAAAGUAUUUGCAUGAUAAAAAUUAGCAUAAAAGACUUAGAUUGAUUAAUUUUAUCGUAUAUAUCAACGCAAGGAAAAUGGAAGAUUCGAUAGCGACACGUUUAAAAAGACUGGUAACAAAUAGCAACGAAGUCUUAGAGUUCAGAUUGAUCCGCGAUCUUGAUGAUUUGAACUCAAAAGAAACUGUAUUUAAACCAGAAAUGACUUAUCAAGUAUUUGGAGAUAGGGAAAUAAUAUUUGGUUAUCAGGAUCUAAAAGUACAACUGUUCUAUGCAGCGGGUUGUUUAGAAACAUAUUUGGGAAUGACAUAUACAGAAAAAGUAAAUGCAGAAUAUGAAGGAGUCGAAGCUGAUGAAGUUUUAACAAAGAUUGCCGCUAAACUUGCACCUGAUGUUCAUUAUAGCUUAACUAAUUUUACUAAUGCACUUGUCAAGGAUGACACAUUUACACCAUAUGGGAAAUUGAUACAUUCUUUCUCAUUAAAUGAUAAAGGUACCACGAAGCGAUUUGAAAUCUACAAAUCUGAUAUGAAUUAUAAAGGAUUCAGGGAAUACCAUCAAAGAAUUCAAACAUUUCUUCUUUGGUACAUAGACGCAGCUCUUUUUAUUGAUGUGGAUGACGAUCGAUGGCAAUACUUUAAUAUAUUUGAAAAAUAUACCACAUCCAUGGGUAUAACUCGGUAUGCUACGAUUGGUUUUGUUACUGUGUACCGAUAUUACGCAUAUCCGCAGCAUAUUCGGCCGCGUAUCGCUCAAUUUUUAAUUUUACCAUUGUUUCGCCGGAUGGGUCUUGGUACACACUUAUUGCAAGCGAUUUAUCGUGAAUACAAUUCGAGAAAUGAAGUUAAAGAUAUAACAGUUGAAAGUCCGUCCGAGGUAUUUCAACGAUUGCGAAACUACGUGGAUGCUUUGAAUUGCAGCACAUUAUCUAGUUUCAAGCCAGAACGUUUAAAGAAAGGUUUUGACAAUGAAAUGGUCACUGAAGCUAGGGACAAAUUCAGAAUAAAUAAGAAACAAGCUCGUAUAGUAUACGAAAUUCUACGACUGCGCGCGACGAAUGUUGCAAAUGCGGAAGAAUAUCGAGCAUAUAGAUUAGAUGUGAAGAAUAGAUUGAAUAUACCAUUUAAAAGAAAACAGAAUGAAGAGGCAAAAAUAGAACGUGCAUUGAAAAAUGAAGAUAAAGGAACGUUUACUCAUGAUAAUGGUCUACCAUCUGAAGAACAACGAAAAGAGAUACUGGAAAAUGAAUAUCGUCUUUUGGAAGAUGAAUACAAAACGAUUAUUAAACGCUUGGAAUACGCUACCGAUGUGUGAAAUGUUAUAUUAAUUGAAUUCGCAUUAAAUAAUUAAGAAUUUUUUAAA